CUCACUCCAAAUGCUGUAGGUCCCUUGUUCCACUCUCUCUCUGUCACCUUGUCUUUUAAUCCCCCCUCAGACAGGAGGGGAGGUGGAGUGGAGAGACAAAGGAAGGGAGUGAGGGUGAGGGUGGGGGAGCAGUGGGCAGCUGCUGCUACCAUCAAGGUGCAGGAGAGACAUUCAGUGAGUGAAAGUGAUAGAACCUGACAGGCUUUGAAAAGAGGCAAGGACAAGCCAGGAGGUGGAAAGAAAAAAAUAUAUAUUUUGAAAGCUGCUCUCUUGUUGGGUUUGCUGUCUCAAGUGCUCAUAACUGCAAGUGUUUCAUCAUGGUGGACCUGUUUCUUGGUCGAGUCCUCGUGAAGAACAACAAAGACCAGGAUGAACUGGAUACAGAACAAGAGAUUGUACUGCGUCUGCAGAACCGCAUCCUUAUGCUGUUCUUUGCAUCUGCUGCGUGUGAGAACUGCCAGGAGUUUCUUCCCACUAUGUCUGACUUCUUCACACGGCUGACAGAUGAAUUCUAUGUGGAUCGCUCUGCCCAGCUGGUUCUCCUAUACAUCAGCUUGGACCGGUCGGAGGAGCAGCAGGAAAGUGUUCUCAAAGAGCUUCCCAAGAAGAGCCUGUUCCUGGCCUAUGAGGACCCCUACAGGAAGGAGCUAGAGGCCAUGUUUGCAGUGAAGAAGCUGCCCACAGUGGUGGUCCUGCGUCCAGACUGCUCAAUCCUCAUCCCAAAUGCAGUGGAGGAGAUCUGCCGCCUCGGUCCAGACUGCUACCGCAACUGGCAGGAAGCAUCAGAGCUCAUCGACAGGAACUUUUUGAUCAAUGAGGAAUUUGAUGAAAAGGCCGGGCGCAGCUUUACAGAUGUAGUGAGAAGGCAGAAGUACAAGGUUGAAGAUGAGAAGAAGAAAAAGAAGAAGAAAAAGAAAGGGUGGGGUGGAGGAGGAGAUGAAGAUGAAGAUGUGGAUGGAGGAGCGGAUGCCACGGGAGGAGGAUGGUGAUGAAGAUGAGAGAACCAGAUGACAGGAUUUCCAAAACGUUGCCAUGACUAGUAAAAGAAGACUUCCAGAAUUGAUAUUUUUUAAUUCAGGGAGCUUUUCUUUUACUGCACCAAUGCUGCCAACACAGUUUUGUUUAGCCAAAUAAAAUCCUUAUAUGACUGAAUGUCAGAAAAAUAAAGAGACUUUUCAACCUAUUCAAGAAAUAGAAAUCUCAAAGAACUGAUUCAUUUUACAUAGGUUUUGCUUUCCAAUGUCAGUGCUAAGCAAAAGCUGGCUCAUUAACUGGUGAAUAGCCAUGAAUCUUACUGCUAACCUAGCUCCAGUAUUACUGAGUGUAUAUGCCAAAAAAUCAGUAAAAGCACUGUAAAACACUAUCUAAAAAACACUGAAUGCUGCUAACCAAUGCUUCAGCUUAGAAUAGGCUGCCUUUAAUGUCUUUGAAAGCUACCAACUAUACAGUCAAGCCAACGCUAGGUCUGAGCCAAGUCUCGCCAUUAUGGCCUGUUUUAUUUCUCCCAGGAGAUUACUCUAACCAUUUUCUCUUUUUCAGUGAUAGACCACUGUAAUGUACUUUUUCACAUGCUAAUUUGUCCUGGUCCAAUCAAACCACAACAUACAGAUCCAAAAGUCAAUUAAUUAUUCAACACCCAUAAAAGAUUCUUGUUAGGCUUUGAGUGUUGAAAAGUUCCACUUUGUAGCCUGCACAAGAACCAAUCAAAACCUUUCAAAUCUGGUCUUGUGAAAUUUCAGAAAUGCUUUCCCAUAUGAAAGUCAACACUCUUUCCCCAUGAUCACUGAUUUCCUUGUGACUCAUCCUCCUGAUAAAAACAUUCUAUAUUUAUCUUUUUUCACACUUGCUCACACAUGUAAAGUUAAUGCUGUUAUGUAUUCAAUUGCAAGCCUCACUGCUGGUUAGUGACAGCCUCCGUGAUUUCAGCAGCGCUCGACUGAAUAAAGACAGAGAGAAUAAAGA